UGAUCGCUCGAUCGAAAAGGAUCCAGGUGAUUAUUCGUCGAAUCGUUCGAUUGUGCCCGACCAAUAGAAAAAGCAGUACAUUGCAGCAGAUAUUGUGAUACCGUGACCCGACGUUGUGUAAUUGAAAGAAAGAAGAAGGAAAUAAACAAUAUCGACUUAAGCAAGAAAGAUCAAUGAGGAUGAUUCAGCGGAUUCUUUAUUGAAUAGAUCAUUUUUGUCGGAUUGGCCAUCAGAUAUGCGCUGGUUUCGCGGCCACGCCGAGGCACCGAGACUUUUGCGCCUGAGUCCUCUUCGAGCCGACGAAGAUGUCAACGAGACGUCCUAUCAUUUCCGCACAACGUCUCGAUGCAGAGACACGUCGCCGGUGCGGUGGGUCCGGAGGAAAUCCUCGAGUUCCGAGUCCGAGAGGAACUGCUACAACGUGCAGACCUCCCAAGUGACAACCGAGCGGGCAAGCAGCAAGAAGGACAAGAAGAAGAUCCAGGACAAGCGGCGGAGGGUGUGCGAGAAGCGAAAUCCCCUGCUGGACCGCGUGAAGAGCACCAGACUGAGUUUCUUCAAGGACCGGGACUCCGACGAGGAGGACGAGAACGAGAAUGAGAACGGGCACGAGCACGAGAACGAGGAAGGCGAGAACGACGAGACGGAGCGCGUUCAGUUCCGCUCGAUGUGCGAGCUGAGGCAUCGCGGUCUAAUCAGAAACGAGUUCCGGCGAUCCAUCUGCGAGUCCGACCUCCUGCAGGACAACGUGACGGAGGAGAGCAAAAAGAGCCACGCGAAGAGGAAACGGCGCGCCAAGUCGCAGAGCAGGUUGCCGUACAAGAAGCAUCAGGAGGAACGAUUCUCCUUCUUGGGCUUCCGCACGUCGACUCCUCGGAAGGCGCGGCCUUCCGAGUGGCCGAAGGAAGACGCGGCUCAUCAGGAGGACGCGAUGCCUUGCGACUACCGAUGGGAGAGGAGCAGCAAGUACUUCUUGCAAGAAGGCCGCGCUCUCGACCACCAUCGGCCGGUCGCUCAGCAACUCGGCGAGGUGGCCCAAACCGCCGACACGAUCCUGAAGAAGGACACGCAAUUCGACAGUAUCACUCCGUCCAGCUGCCUGGCUGCGAAAUUCCGCGCGAUGCAGGACAGAUACCUGAAGAGCUCGACGAGCAGGCUGAUCGCCAAGAUCUACAGGAAAGACUGCAAGGACCAGCGAGAGAGACGAAGACUGCGCAGCUUCUCGUACGGCACGUUGCCGGGCCUGGACGAGCUGCGGACGAACCCGCUGUACGAGAACCACCUGGAUCAGGACGACAACGACUCCGGCAUCCUGGACAACGAUUCCGCCACCAGCUCGCUUCUCGACGACAGGUGCAGCAGCGGCGCUUCCGGCCCGCUCAACGGCAGCGGCAGCCAGCACAACGACUCUUGCCUCAGCUCACCGCCGCCUCAGCUUCCACCUCGAAGACCCUUCUCGACCGCCGUGGUGGACAUCGACCGAGCCGCCCGGCUGUUCUCCAGCCUGGACAUGUACCACGACGAGGUGAAGGACCUCGUGACCGAGACGAGCCUCAUCGACGAGUACCCAAGCAUCUGCCAAGCGGCGAACGGCACGCUGAUAGACCAACGUCAGCCCGCGCAGGUCUCCGCGGAGAAAAGCAGCGCGGACCAAGGGAGCAAAGGGAGAAACGCGGCGGGCGAGGAGCCCAAGCGGAAGCUGCAAAGCGGCUUGCAGGCGAUCAAGAGCAAGACCUGCGUGACGGAGACGAUGGUGGUGAAGCUGCCCAAGGAGACGGCCGACCAGUGUCUGGGGAUCUUCAUAGCGAAGACCGCAGAGUCCAACCCGGGUUACCUGGUGGCUCACGUAGUGCCGAACGGACUGGCCGACAAGGAAGGCACCCUGAGGAUCGGCGACGAGAUCCUCAUCGUCAACGGCAAGAGGCUGCGCGGUCUGUCGAUGACGGAGGCCAGGAGAAUCCUGGGCAAUGGCAGCGGGCCCGGUGACGUCGAUAUCGUCGUCUCCAGAUUUUCGGAUGUCGAUCAACGCGCGAGGCGGCUGAAGGAGAGCAGCGUGGACUACGAGAACGUCAGCAUGGAAGACGGCCACGGGACCAUCGUCGAGACCUCGCCCGGGUCGCACUUUAGGAAGCACCAGGCGACGAGGAGCCAGCGGGACAGGAAGGACGAAUCGAGCAGGUCGGCCUCGUCGGACAAGUUCGCGACGAACCUCGACUGCGGCCUGUCGCGCAGCGUCUCCAAGUUCUGCACUCUCCCCAGGAGACCGAGGAGCACCGUCUCCACGUUCCUCACGGUGGUCUUCGAGAAGGGAGCCGGCAAGAAAUCCUUGGGCUUCACCAUUGUCGGCGGGAGGGACAGUCCGAAAGGAAGCAUCGGUAUCUUCAUAAAGUCGGUACUGCCCGGUGGACAGGCCGCCGAAGAUGGCCGCUUGCGCGCGGGUGACGAAAUAUUGGCCUUGAACGGCCAUGUCUGCCACGACUUGACGCACCGGGAAGCCGUGCAGCUCUUCCGCAACAUUAAAAGCGGACCGGUCGCGUUGCAUCUGUGUAGACGCGUGAAAAAUCGUGAAACGCAAGCACCGAAGGCCAAGUCGUGCGCAGAUCUUUUGCUCAUAGACACGUGAAAAUCGUCGUUCGUCGACGGCAGAUAGAACUGCGCCGCAACGACGCGUCGUGUACAAAUACGAAUUAUGUAUAUAGUGUACAUUGUCGGAACUCGCUAGAAAUAAAACAAUUAUUU